CCCAUUGCCGAUCUCAUUUUGUCAUCCUAAAUUUAGGUCUCGUGUUUUCUUGCCCCCUAAGGAUUACAUAUCAGAUGUUUGUUUAUGUAGCAUACAGCACAACAAGAACGAUACAUCGUGUCCAAGUUUGAAUUUAAUUGAAAUCAUUGUAGAUGUUUGGGUAUUGAUCAUCGUCCCCGAGGGGCCGUUUCACCCGAUUAUAAGGCGGUUCUAUCGCUGCAAUCUGCCGAAAUGGUCUGGAACACGUGGAAAUGUGGCGAUUGGCUGGUGAUCUGCAUAUGUAUCAUUAGAGUUGGUGGAAUUUUACAGAGUACGGAUACGGCUCACACAUUUUGCCGCUUCUAGGGACUGUGAGCGUUUAUUACGAGGGAACAGGCCCGCUAGCAUGGUUACAACUUAGGUCAGGGUGCUCAAGAGUACAUAAUGGGCGUAGCUCCUGUGUAAGCUCGCUGCCUUUUGGUGAGAGCUGGGUAAAACUGUCUUGUCUCACUUAAGGAGUCUCUUUUAAAUCUACGACGCGCGUACGUGAAACCACAUAACUCUCUCUUCUUGACAUUCAUUCAGUUCCAACUUCAUUUCCAAUAUCUUUACUGUCCGAGUAUUCAUCAUGAAGCUGUCUGUAUUCACAUCCGUCCUCCUGGCUGGCCUUGUUGCCGCUCAGCAAGAGAAGUUGCCUAAAUGCGCUCAACCAUGUGUUGACAAGUACACCACCGGCGGCGGCGUCGCGGGAUGCGGACAGCUCGACGUCAAGUGCAUCUGCAGCAACAAGAACUUCCUGUCUGGCAUCGCAUGUUGUCUUGAGGACAAGUGUGAUGCCGCCGGCAAGGAGACCGCUGUCAAGUACGCCAAGCAGAUCUGCUCGACCGCCGGAGUCACCGACCUGCCCGACGAGGUUACAUGCGACAAGAGCGCCACCUCUGGCAGCGCAACUGGUACUCCUACUUCCAGUGCCGGUAGCAGCCAGACGACGCCCGCGAGUGCCAGCGCCAGUGGCGAUAGCGGCAAUGCUGCUGCGCGUGAGGGCGCCGCUGGUGUCUUGGGUGUUGUCAUGGCUAUGCUCUUUGCCCUGUAAGGGACAAUAGUGGUACCAUGCAGUUCGUUUAAAGUUGUUUUAUCAUUAAGAGGAGGAAUGUAAUUGGGAACAAGCAAAGAAAUUGUGAUUUUCUGUUCUAUGCAUGCAAAUUUAUGGAGUUUGAAGCCAUCCACUACUACUAUGUAAUCGCCACGAGACUGCUCUUGUUGGUGAUGGUUUAUAAAUUUAUAUCAAUUGAGAUUAGACACAUUCUAUACUCCCCCAUGCCGCCAAUGUUUAACUCAGAACAUCCUUCUGUUUUAGUUUUAUAUUAAGUGAAAUAUAUUCUGCAA